AUGUCUGCUAAUAAACUUCGAAAGCUAGAAGGCUCAGUAUCCAGCAACUCGUCUGCUUCGACUGCUAGCAAAACACAUAACACUUUUUAUGCAGAACCAUGUUUUAAACUUGUUGGUGUCAGUGUUCUUUCUCCUUCGGAAAAUGUUGGCAGCAUUACCUUGAGUUCAAUUUUGUCUUCGGGAGAUUUAGAAGAGAUGGUUCAAAUUAACUACAUGGUCGACAUUGAAUAUUUAAUUAACCAAUUGCCGCAAUCGAAACGACACUCGUUACGUACGACCAUCGUUCACGGUCUACGUGAUGAAAGCGCGAAAAAUAUAAGAACCGUGGCACUACUUUAUCGGAACAUAAAGGUGGUGCCUGUGAGCAUGCCUAUAACUUACGGAACUCAUCACACGAAGGCAAUGUUAUUAUUCUUUACGGAUGGUACGAUGCGUGUUGUAAUUCACACGGCAAACAUAAUUGAAAGAGAAUGGUGUAACAAAUCUCAGGGUGUAUAUAUGACGCCUAUAUUACCUAGAAAACGUAACGACUCUUCAUCAUGCGAAUUCGAAACGGACUUAAUAAAUUAUUUUAAAAGUUACAGUAAUAAUACCAUGAGGGAAUACGGUGAAAGAUUAAAGAAUUAUGAUUUUUCAUCUGUAAAGGCAGUUUUAAUAGCAUCUGUUCCCGGUUACCACACAAAGGAUAGUCUUUUGAAAUGGGGUCACAUGCGCCUGAGAACAGUAUUAGGAAAUCGCGUCACCAUACCAUCCUCUUGCCAGAACGACAGCACUGUCAUUUGUCAGUUUUCCAGCAUCGGAUCACUUGGCACGAAAGAAAGUUGGUUAAAAGAUGAGUUCUUCUAUAGCUUAUCUUGUUCUAAAAAUGAAAAGCAGAGUAGAGAUCCUGAUCUGAAAUUGAUUUUUCCAACCGUUGAAAAUGUUCGGGACAGCUUGGAGGGCUGGUCUGCUGGUGAAUCGUUGCCAUUUACUCAUGCAAAUUAUACCAAACAAAAAAAUUAUAUGAUUAAAUACCUUUGUAAAUGGAAAGCAUUUGACAAUGGAAGAGAAAGAGCAAUGCCACAUAUAAAGACUUAUACUCGAUUACGGGCAAAUUCCCCAAGCGAACUAAGUCACGAAUCCAAUGCCGAAGUUGCAUGGUUUUUAUUGACCAGCAGUAAUUUGUCUAAAGCGGCAUGGGGUAGUUUGCAGAAGAAAGGAAUACAACUUAUGAUACGAAAUUAUGAAUUAGGAGUCUUGUUUUAUCCCGAAUUAUUUCAAAUGGAUGAAUCUAUUCCUGUGCAUUUGUUGAAUGCUACCUUGAAAAAUUUGAAACCUAGUUUACCAUCGUUUAUAGUCAGCGAAUCAUCAACAAAUUCUUCCAAAAAGAGAAAACGAAUCGAUGAAGAAUCAUGCCAGAUUGUUCCAAUUCGCAUCCCAUACGAUUUACCCCUGACAUUAUAUGAUUCGAAAAAAGACGAUUGUUGGACUUGGGAUAUUCCUAGAAAAGAAAUUGAUUGGCUUGGGAGAUCUUAUCUUUCGUAA